UAGAAGUAAAAGGAGCGGAUGUUCUUUUUUUUUUUCCCUUCAUCCAGGACCUGUUUAAGCUUUUGUUUAUUCUUCUGAAGUCCUAUCAUUUUAUAUCUGAAGGCUGUUUUCAUAACCCUUUAUUUAAACACCUCCCUUCUCAUUUACAGUAGUUUCUAGUUUCAUUUGCCCCUCUCGGGCUUCCCAGCUCAGAAGCACCGCACAUGCAGUUUUUCCCCGCGUGGGCGGUCCGUAGUGAAUGACUGACAGACACACGCACAAGUGGGAGGGCCGGGUUUAAGAGUGGGCGGUCCCUACCUCGUGAGAGUUGCUGCAGUGUGUGGAGUGUGUGUCAGUGUGUCUGAGACCUGCCGUGUAGUGAGCUGGUGUGUUUAGGAACACACACAGAAAAUUAUUGGGUUUACAGGACUAGCAGCACAAUGAAGCAAGAGAGCCGAAGAUUAGGAAGGACACAUUUCUUACAGCAUGGACUCUGAAUCUCUGGACAGCUGCAUCCAGAGCACACUCGCGGCGCUCUACCCGCCGUUUGAGGCCACCGGUGGCACUGUGCUGUGCCAGGUGCUGGAUGUGGUCGAGUCAUCGUACCGCGGAGACGGCCUGCGCUACCUCAUCGACUUCCUGGUCCCCGCCAAGCACGUUCUCCAGAGCAUCCAGCAGGACGCAUGCUUUCCAUACUGCGGUUUCCUGUUCCGCCACGAGGGCUGGCCACUGUGCGUCCACGAGAAGAUUAUAGUCCAGCUGUCGUCUUUGGACAGACGCGUCCUGCAGCCUGGUGACUUCUAUCUGCAGGUGGCGGCAUCAUCCAACAGCUCGCCACGCAUCACCCUCAAGUGCCUAUCUGCAAGCGGGCAGCAUGUGGAGGAGCUGGAGAUCCCCGAGUUAGCUUACACCUCACUUUUCAGCAUGGCCUGGCUAGACUCCAUCAACCAGGAGAGGAGUGGAAAUGGCCGAGUCGCCCUGGAGCACUGCCUUUUGUCUGCUGAUAAUGAUAUUUUCAGGGUGCCGUGGGAUGAUGUGGUGCAUCCCGAGUUUAUUAGCAGACCCCCAAAAGCAGGUCAGUUGGUACUGGAGAACGGAAGGGUUGAGGAUACUGAUGUGAAAGAGGGGCAGGAAGACCGCGCCGCUGAAUCCGAGCAUGGAAUUUUGAUAACCACGUCAACGGCAGAGUUGACAGAGAGACGGGAUCCAUGUAAGACAGUCAAGCUUCUCCCUGCUCUGGAACAGGAUGACAGUAGCGGGAGGAGCAGUGCUGCUGACGAUUCAGAAGGUGAAUAUGUAGAACUUGCGGAGAUCACUCUGCCUCGCUUUUCUCCACAGAAAGGCUCCUUGACUCAGUCUAUAAGCAUGAACUACAGAAACUUGCACAAACCACGGACUACAGGGCAUGAGCGGCCCAGCGCUCAUGCCUCAACGAGCUCUGUGAAAAGUAGCAGGUGUCCCCAGAGCAUUAUAUGCACCGUGCUGAUCGAGGAGAACCUCACCGAGCCGGUUCUGCAUCAGACGCGAGCAGGUCUACACGGCAAGCAGCAGGAGGCUAACGAGCACGAAGCAACCUCUUCUAAAGGUACAGCCCCAUCCGACUGUAUGCCUGAGCAUGAGCCUGUGACAGAGUGUGUGCCUGAACACAUGGACUGCAUCAACACAGCACUUUGUGACUUGAAAACAAACAAUUUGACGCAUAUCGGCCAUGAAUCUUUAGAUCACUGUCUUGCCCCAGAACCAGAUUCUGACCAGCCUACAGUUAGUAGCUAUACCACUGACUUCGAAACAAAUGCCAUUGAUAAGCAAAGUAUUGUAAGUAGGGUUGAAACAGACGGUAACUUGAGUGACUGUGUUCUUCAACAGAACAAUAGCAAACCAAGCUCAGAGCUUGGAGCAUCUUCCGCCACUGUUGAGACUCCAAAAGAGGCGCAGAUAGUGGUAGAAGCUAGCAAGGAAGCACAGACUGGGCCUAAACAGGAAGAUCCUACAGACCAGCCAGCUAGCUGGCCUGCAGAAUCUGAGAAUAGGCCCUGUGGUAGUCCGUGUAGUAGUGAAAGCAGCCUCAGUUCCUGUGACACUGAGGAGGGCAGGCCAGGGUCAGCAAGCCCUCAGGGGCAGCAGGUAGACUGGGCCAUUGUCUCUGCACAGCCUACGGAGGGUCACGUUACAGCCAUUCUUCCAGGUCACGAGAGGACAGAGCCAAGCGAGAACAAAGAAAGUGAAAGGGACAAGGGAUAUGUAGGUGCCGGGAUGGAGCUACCAAGGGAUGAGGCUGAAGGAGAACAAGAAACUGAGAUGCAGUACGUGGAUGAGACUGAAGCAGGUACAGAAGGGAAGGAAUCGGGGAGAGGGACUGAGAAUGAAGCGAACACAGAGGGAGUGGCAGUUAAUAUGGUAGGAGAAGCAACGACUCCACAAACAGGUUUGGUUAAUUCCACGCCCAAAUCUGGCACAAAUGUAAGCUCACCUCCAGGUCAAGAGACGGGAAGGUCUUUAGAUACAGAGGAAAGAAAAGAAAUGCAAGAGAGACAGAACAAAGAGGUUGACGAGUUAGAGGAAAGUGAAAGUAUGCAGAUUGAGUCCAAGGGAGCUGAGGACGUUGGAAUUAUGGGAUGUCCCAUGAUUGAGAUUGAGGUAACCAUGGGAAUUAAAACAGAGUCUGCAGUCUUUCAAACCCCUGGGGUUAUGUCAGACGUGCCAGUUGCAAGUGACAGCACACCCUCAGAGCAAAUGAAUAUACACACUCCGGAUGAACUGGCAGAGGGAGUGAACAUCGCUCCUGUGGUUGGAGUGGAGGAGGAGAUGAACAACAGACAGGAAGAAAGACUAGAGGAGCAGAUGCCGCAGGAUGAGCCUGUAUCGUCCGUUACUAGUACACAGCCGGAAUCAGGCGAGGAGUCUCAUCAGGAGCAGGAUAAAGGUUCCGUGUGUGCAGAUGACCCGUCGCCGUGUCUCGUUUCAGCGACGCCUCCUCUGGGUAAAAUUCACACGGAGGACUCUACAGUGACGCCGCAGGAUCGUUCUAACAUGUCUCCUUGCCAGGCUGUUAGGAAUCAGCCUCUUCUCACUGAAGCUCAUAACAUCAACUCUGACAUCCUGCGCUCUGGAGUGCUGUGCCUGCCUGGGACACGAGACAAGUCAGGCCACGCACUUGUAACAGUGACGACAAGAAACACCGCUUGGCUGAACCCAAACUGCAACAGUAGUGAGCUUGUGCGCAUCAUGGUCUACUUCUACACCAUUCUCAGGAAAGAAGUGAAGACGUUGGGUUUGACUGUUCUAGUGGAUGCCCGCAGGUGCUCACCUGUCCCUGCUCUCUUUAAGGCCUUCACCAUUCUACAGGAGGCUAUGCCUGGGUGUAUCCACACUGUCCUCGUAUUGGCUGAUAGAGAUCUGGCCUUACGCAUGGAGAAGCCUACUGCAGUUCAGGUGGAGUUGCUGACCUCUCUGAAGUCUCUCCAUAAGCACAUCGAGGUUUCUCAACUCCCCACCGAGUUUGACGGCACUUUUCCUUUCUCCCAUAACAGCUGGAUCUGUUUCAGGACUAGGGUUGAGCAGUUGACCAGUCAUUGUGAGGACGCAAUAAAUCUUCUGCAAAGCACUGUCAGCAGCCUGAAGUCUACCGUUCUGCCUCUUACUGCCGAGGAGGCACAGGUACUUCUGUACAAGUAUAAGGAGUUGAUGAGGAGCGUGCUGGAGGAUAGCCGGCUGGCGCGCCUGCAGCUGGAGGGAGGAGCCGCUUUGUCGCGCCUCCGCAAAGAAGACACCAGCGUCAGCCUCACUGAGGACUACAGAGAUGCCAUCGAGAGUGUGGGCAGUCUGUAUAAUCAGGUGGACGAGCUGGUCCAUAAGCUGGUGAUGCUGUCCAACAAGUGCACUCAGGAGCUGGAGUUUAUUAUGGAGUUCAAGGGCCUGGAGGAGGGAUUCAGAGAGGUCAGUCAGUGGAUAGACGAGGUCGGAGAGAGUAGGCUGCAGACGCUGGGCGAGUUGGAAGAUUCUCUGGAGCAGCUCCGCAGGAAGCAGACGCUUUUCAGAGACUUCUACUCAGCGGCUUAUGAUCACUGUAAGAGUGGAGAAGCACUCCUGAAGCGGUUAGAGCGAUGGGAGGAUCUCUCAUCAGCUGAGCUGCAGGUGUACGGCGUUAAAGUGCGCUCCUUCUGGGUCCACCUGCACGAAUUCUCCCAGAGAGUAGAGGACACUAAGGAGAAAAUCGACAAGACCGUGCGCCUCUACGAAUUCUUCGAUAAGGCAUACGGAUGGGCUCUGGAAGGCAUGAGGCACUUGGCCUGUGUGAGUAUGGAGGAUUGUAGCGUGCCUGAGAAGUGCCAGGGAGUGAUGGCUUGCCUGGAGAACUACCGCAGCCAGCAUGUGCCAAUCCCCGACGCACACUUCCAGGAGAUGAAGGACCUCGCUGUGGAGUUAAAGAGCGACCAGGGCCUCAAACAGUGGAAAUUCGCCUGGUCAAAGUGCCAGGAAACCAAACAGACGUUUGAGAAAAAGCUGGAGGCGGUGCUGCGUGCCCGCAACUCGGGUUCAGGUGCCAGCAACCCCCGUGUGCCCCAGGAGCGGCGUAGCAGCCUUUCGUUCUCCUGCAGGAAAGCCUUCAGCAGCAUCCGGGCUCGUGACAGACUCUCCUCCGUCUCCUGCAGCCCAGUAGGCACUCGUUCCGAUGCCCAUGAUUCCCUCAGGACUCCAACAGGAAGUCCCUUUCACACAGAGAACCAGACUCCACACAGCACACCCCUUCACUCACAUAGACUCACCCGCAGCACAUCUUCAGACGAGUGUCCUUACCCAGCAUACUCGUCUUCUUGCUCUGCCAGCCCUGCGCUAUCCUCUCUAGGAGACACAAAGCGAAGGGCUCUGAGGAAAACUCAGAGCUUCGAUGCUGCCGGAAGCGAGGUGGGCACACGGUAUGGCACGUGCCAGCGGGCGCUAAGUGAGCCGGCACGCAGGGGCCACAUGGGCGUGUUUAUAAAAGGCCUGGAGGUGAGCAGCACAGAGGGGACUGAUCGGCCCUACAGCUACACCAGCUCACAGCUAGCACCAGCACACAACUGGGCAUCACAGGAUACACACCAUACAGGGAGCCCUGUUCCAGAGCCACGCGCCAAGGGCAGUAAACUGCGGCACAUCGUGGAUGAAAUGGUGACAACAGAGCGUGAAUAUGUCCGCUCCUUGCGUUACAUCAUUGAUCACUACUUCCCUGAGAUGGAGCGUCCUGACCUGCCCCAGGACCUGCGGGGAAAGCGCAGCGUCAUCUUCGGAAACCUGGAGAAGCUGGUGGACUUCCACAGUCAGUACUUCCUUAAAGAGCUGGAGAGCUGCUGUAACCAUCCACUCCGCGUCAGCCACUGCUUCCUGCGCCACCAAGACCAGUUCGGAUUGUACGCUCUGUACAGCAAGAAUAAGCCCAAGUCAGAUUCACUGCUGGCCAGCCAUGGAAACAGCUUCUUCAGGCAUAAACAGCUGGAGCUGGAGGAUAAGAUGGACUUGGCCUCAUACUUGCUGAAGCCCAUCCAGCGAAUGAGUAAAUAUGCUCUGCUGCUCAAGGAUCUGAUUAAGGAGGUGUGUGAGGCCCAGGAGCAGGAGCUCUACUAUCUACGUGCCGCUGCUGAGAUGGUCAAGUUCCAGCUGCGCCAUGGCAACGACCUGCUGGCGAUGGAUGCCAUCCGUGACUGCGAUGUGAACCUGAAGGAGCAGGGCCAGCUGGUCCGGCAAGACGAGUUCACCAUCUGGUACGGGAGGAAGAAGUGCCAGAGACAUGUGUUCCUGCUUGAGGACCUGGUGCUGUUCAGCAAACCCAAACGCAUCGAGGGAGGCCUGGACGUCUACAUAUACAAGCACUCCUUUAAGACGGCCGACGUGGGGAUGACUGAGACGACGGGUGAGAACGGGCUGCGCUUUGAGAUCUGGUUUCGCAGGAGAACUUCAAAGAACCAGACGUACAUCCUCCAGGCUGCUACUGCUGACAUUAAACAAGCAUGGACCUCAGACAUCGCCCGCAUACUGUGGCAACAGGCCACACGCAACAAAGAAAUCCGUAUGCAGGAGAUGGUGUCUAUGGGAGUGGGCAAUAAGCCGUUUUUGGAUAUUAAACCCAGCGAUGCUGCCAUCAAUGAUCGAGCCAUUGAUUACAUCAUGAAGGGCAGAGGAGCCAGGACGAGGGCAUCCAUCGCCGUCUCUCUAUUCGACCACUCUAAUCCGUUUAAGAGAGCCUCUAUGAAUGCACCGGUUAACGGACCCCAAGGGCCAGGUGGACCCCCCUCUUCCACACUGCUGGGGCCCCUCAACCUUCACAUGUACAGCAGCCAGACUCUGCUAGCAGGGGACAGACCCCUAAUCAGCCCCUGCAUCGAGGAGGACGAGCUUGAGCAUGAAACCAGCAGCCAGCCUUCUAUGACUACAGAGAGUUCAGGAUCGUCCUCACGCUGUCUGUCAGGCAGCGGCUCGAGCGGUUCAGACAGCGGCUGUGUGUCCAGUCACCUCCCCGAGGCUCUGUCUGAGGAGCCCAGCUCACCAUGCGACUCGUCCUGCUUCACCUCCAAUCACAAACCCAGCUUCAACAGCCAGUACAUUUCAGCGAAAGGUGCUCAGGUUCUAGGCCCAUCCACUAUAGUGUGACGCUCUGUGUUACCACAGCUGCUACUGUUUAAUGUCAGGCUGCCCCUCUAGAAGACGACAACGUCACUCCGCACAGAAGAGGACGCCGGGUGCGUGUAUUUAUUGUCCCGCUCAACCUCCAGCAAAUCUCAUCUCAUCGUACGGACUUCUGAUAGAGCUGGAAAAUAGCACUGUUGUUUUUUUGUUUUUUUUAAAAUGCCCCUUCUGAGCUGAUAUGGCUUAUAUAUAACUUUUUAAAAGAAAGUCGUAAUGUUAAGUGUUGUAUUUAUCGUUUUUGGUUGUUUGUUUGUUUUUUUAAGCCCUGGUACAGUAGUUUUCUGUACUCUCAUCAGUAACUGUAAAUAAUUGUUUUAGUUUAACACAGUUUUGAACUGUUUCUAAGUUGUUGUUUUUCCCCCUCAUCUGUCUGUUGACCACUUUGCUGUAGACUGCAAAAGAAUUGGCUCUGAAAUACCUCAAUACCAGAAGGCAGAGCUACACCUGUAUAAGCAUAAGAGUGCAACGAUGCUCCUCUGAUAGUUCGAAAGCAGUGUGUUCUUCUCUUUUACAGCUGAUGACUGUGUACCGUUCAGUUUUUAUUCACUUUUCUUUGUCGGGACUCUCUACGCUGACCAGUGGCCAGUUAUUUGGAUUCGGAUGCUACUGGCUAGCUGGUUUCCAGCUGCUCCAGGAUCUGUGUUCAUGCGGCGUAACCAGCAUGUCGAGGAACUCUGAGGAGAUUUUCACUGACCCCAGGUCAGCCAAAGCUGGUUGUUGAAGCAGCUCACUGGACUCUGGUCACUGCUUGACCCUGUUUGAGGAGGGAGUUCAUUUCACUUGUCUUGUAUCGGCUUUAUAUAUAUAUAACAGCAAAACCCAGACAAAUAAAACUGUACAUUGCCUGUAAAUAUUAGCACCAGUGGUGCAUCAAGUAAAUAGCAUGUAGGAGAGUAAGACUGUGAUAACAUUGUACAUGUAAGCAUUAGUCCGCAAACCAGGGAAUCACUAAAGUGCCAUUCAUAAUCAACUUUGAAAACAUUUACACUUCAAAAAAGCGAAUAGGUGUUGAAUUUCAACUUGCAGCCGGACAAUAAAUGUCACUCUAAAGUGUCAUAUUUCCUAAUAGGUUCACACAUACUGUAUUUAAUAAAACUGGAUUGGUUUGUAUCCACAAUGAACGCGAA